UGUGUGUGGGGGAAGAUGGCUCCCCCACCCUGCCUGGCGCUCCUGUGUGUGUGGGGAAAGGUGGCUCCACUUCUCCUCUGCCUGGCUGCAGAGGAGAAGGAGGGGAGGUCAGCUGCAGAGGAGAAGGACGUGCUACCAGCAGAGUCUUCCCCCACGUUCCCUUCAACGCUCCUGGGAAACCUUGAGACAACCAGCAGCGGCAUCAGAACAGUUACCAGCGAUGCCAGCACCUAUACCAGCAGCGGCAGCAGCACAUAUACCAGCAACGGCAGCAUCAACUAUACCAGCAGUGGCGGUAGUAGCAGCGGCAUCAGCGGCGGCUGCAGCAGAGAAACUGGCAUCGACACCAGGACUGAUGGCAGCAACAACUGCCACCCACCUUCCCAGAAGGACCUGCCCACCCCGACACCCCCUCUCCUCCUGGCGCCCCUGUGCGUGGGGAAGGUCGCCUCCCCACCGUGCCUGGCGCUCCUGUGUGCAUGGAGGGGGUCAGCUGCAGAGGAGAUGGACGUGCUACCAGCAGCGGCUUCCCCGCUCCCUCCAACGCUCCUGGCGCCCCUGUGUGUGGGGAAAGGUGGCUCCCCCACCCUGCCUGGCGCUCCUGUGUGUGUGGAGGGUGGGGCUGCAGAGGAGAAGGACGGGGGUUCAGCUGCAGAGGAGGAGGACGGGCUACCAGCAGCGACUUCCCGCACGCUCCCUCCAGCUCUCCUGGGAGGACCUGCUACCAGCAACAACUGCUGCCACCCUCCCAGCUCCCCCGACGCCUCCCUGACACUCCCCGGACGCUGCAACCCUGCGCACAGAGGAGGGGGGAAGGGGAGGGGGGCAGCUGCAACCCUGCGCACAGAGAGGAGGGGGAUAGCUGCAACCCUGUGGACAGAGAAGGAGGGAGAUAGCUGCAACCCUGUGCACAGAGAAGGACGGGGAUAGCUGCAACCCUGUGCACAGAGGAGGGAGAGGGAUAGCUGCAACCCUCUGGACAGAGGAGGGAGGGGGGGCAGCUGCGACCCUGUGCACAGAGGAAAGGGGGGGGCAGCUGAGACCCUUUGCACAGAGGAGGGAGGAAGAGAGGGGGGAGGCAGCUGCAACCUUGUGCACAGAGGGCGGUGGGGAGGGCAGCUGCGACCCUGUGCACAGAGGGAGUGUGGAGGCUGAAGCAGAGGGUGAAGCACAGGGGAAGGAUCAGCAGCAACACCUGCUAACAGCCCACUCUCUCCUGGCGCGCACCCAUUGGGGGACGGGCAGAGGGAGUGAGGGGGGGGCGCCACACUGUGCACAGAGGAAGUGGGGGGGGGGAAGUGGGGCAGCUGCCAUACUGUGCACAGCGAAAGGAGCAGGAGGAGCAGAUGGGAAGGAGCAGAGGAGAUGGGCCGAUGGUCAACAGAACCUGCUACCAGCCCCUCUCUCCUGGCCCGCACCCCUAGUGGGGACGGGCAGAGGGAGUGAGGGGGGCAACACUGUGCACAGAAGGGAGGGGGUGGGCAGCAGCUGCCAUACUGUGCACAGUUUAAGGAGCAGAAGGAGCGGAGGGUGAAGGGGUGAGAAGCGGAGGAGAAGUGGAGGGUGAAGGGAGGAGAAGCAGAGGGUGAAGGGAGGAGAAGCAGAGGGUGAAGGAAGGAGAAGUGGAGGGUGAAGGGAGGAGAAGUGGAGGGUGAAGGGAGGAGAAGCCGGGGGGCGGCUGAAGGGGUGGGUGAAUGGGUUGGGUAGUGGGUAUGGUGGGAUGGGUUGGUGAAGGUAUCGUUCCAAGCUUUUGAGGCGCCUCAAAGCAGUUCCUCUACCCUUCUCUACUGUGCCGUUCUCUACUGUACCGUUCUCUACCGUUCUCUUACGUGCUGUGGACUGCAGUGCGCACUGCAGCUCCUGUACCUUUCCUGUGCCAGGUGAGCCAAGACUGGGACAACCUUCCUGAGGCGCUUUCCCCCUGUCCCCUUGCGGGCAGGGCCAACUGUGUCCCUCUUUCCCCUCUGGGUGCAGCGAGCCUGAGGGCUGCAGCAUGGGGGCUGCAGCGUGGGGUCUGCAGCGGCUUGGAGUGAGGCGCUUUCCCCCUGUCAUCUGGCGGGCAGGGCUAACUGUGUCCUUCUCUCCCCUCUUGGUGCAGCGAGCGUGAGGGCUGCAGCAUGGGGACUGCAGCGUGGGGUCUGCAGCGGCUUGGAGUGAGGCGCUUUCCCGAGACGCCCUCGAGAUGCCGAGCAUCCAGCCCCAUUCCUUUAAGUGCUAUUUCCAGUUUUUAUUCGUUUUUUUUACAUCAUGUCUAAUAUUUUUGCUUGCCCUUGUUUCAGACCCCUCCAAGACAGCACACCAAGCCCACUCCAGCCGCCCUCUACCCCUCCAACCAAGACAGCACACCAAGCCCACUCCAGCCGCCCUCUACCCCUCCAAGACAGCACACCAAGCCCACUCCAGCCGCCCUCGGUAAGUGUUCAUUCCAGUUUUUAUUCGUUUUUGUACUUGUCCUUGUCCUUGUCCUUGUCCUUGCUUGCCCUUGUCUCAGACUCCUCCAACACUGGACGCCAAGCCUCAGCCGCUCUUU